UAUAACGUGUGAAAUUACUCUCAAAUAGUUUAGUAAUAUUAGCAAGUGCGUAAAAUAGUAGAAUAAAAAAAAUGCGAAUUUUAAAAUUAUUUUAAUAUCAAUUCGGAUCUUGUGCACAGAUUAUAAAUAUUUAAAAAAUAAUAUAUUAUUGUUUCGUUCGAUUGUAUGCUUGCUUUGAAAUAACUGAGGAAUGGAGAUCGUUCACUUUUAUCACAAAAUUAGUACUAACGAUAUCUGUGCAUAAGACCCCAAUUUAUAUUUGAAGAGAAGCGAAAUUAUUUAAAGAAUAUUCAGAGAGUUAAUAUGUAAGGGGAGAUGUCCCGUUAUAGAGAGACAUAAUUAUGAACUCGUGAAGUUAUUAUAAAUUAAAAGUAUUUUACAAUACGCUUGUGCCUGUCCCCAGGACUUGCUACGUUGUACCAUUCAUUUGCAGGCCUUGGUGUUGUACUAAAUUCUUGAUUAAAUUAUAAUGUUUAUCAAGGUCAUUAUAGAUCUCUUUAAAUGUAAUAAUGGUAUUAAGUUCUUGUGCUAUGAUAAAAGUUCAAAUCACAAAAUAUUGAUAAGUUAGAAUACAUUAUAUCUAUGCAAUAAAAUUAAUGCUUUAUCUUUCGUAAAAUAUUUCCUGUCUUGAUGUAUGUAUAUCUUGUAACAAAGUUACUGUACGAGUUAGGUCUAAGGUAGGACCAAUGUCACGAUAGAUCUCCUUUAAAAAUAUACUUAAAGAUGACAUAAUCUCUUCUGUUGUGACUCCAUACAAAUAUACUUGCCUUAACUUAACAAUAGUCUUCUAUUGAUAAUAUAAACCAACAGACUGGUCUGUGUUGAUACCAUAAUUCGGAAAUAGAUCAUUGUUAUUGCGUAAUCAUGAUUUUAAUUAUUUUCUAUUUGAAUGUGAUUGUAUUUAUUUUGUUGUAAUUAUUAGAGUUUAUUUCUUAAGUGUAGGCCUUGUAACGGUCAGGGGAACAAACUGAGAUAGAAGUGUUUUAGUUCUUGGUGUUAGCACCGGGUCCGUGGCAGCAUCAGAUAUAACCUGUCGAACUAUCAUUACACACUUACUUGAGCUACGGCGAUAUCUGUAGACUUAGCAUGUUAUAAGUCGUACAUAGUUUCUGUGUUUUUUUUUAUUUUAAACAAACGCUGUCUUUUUGAUACGUUUGUUAUAGUUUAAUCAUUCUAUAUAGUUACAUUUCCAUGAUAGCUUAUACAGAUAUUAGUUAGCAAUACACCUACCGAUAGGAAUUGUAUUGAUCCUGACGACUGCAUAAUAAUCUAGUAAUUAAAGUAUCUACAUAUCGUUCGUGUAUAACGAACGAGUUAAAUUUGCAAUAAUUCAGUGCUGUAUACAUGUGCUAUUUGGUUAUAAAUGUGUUAGCUAAGUUAUUUAGUUCUGGGUGAUCAAUUUUUAACGUGUUUUUUACAGUAUGACGUUUUGAUGUAUGAUGUAAUAUUUUACGUCACAAACUGGUUCAUUAAGUUAUUGCGAAUGUAUCGCCUGUAAUAAUUCAUAAUGGAUUGUUGAACUAACAAAUUAUUUCCAUUUAUUUAAUUGAAUUCGAGUCGUACAAAUCAUUUUUAAUGUCUGUUAAAUAUUUGUAGUAAGUUGUUUUUAGAUUAAUUCGAAUUUUACUGCUUGUACAAAGGUGUGCUGUUAUGUGUAAACCGGCUAUAGAAGUUCAAGCGAAUAACAAACAUCAAUUAAUUUCCAGUUAACAAUAUUUUUUAUUCAAAUUUUACAUCUUUCAUGACACGUAUAGUAUAUUAAAUUUGUUUCGACUAUGGCCCACAAUACUUGCACAUUAGAAGAAAAGAAGUUAAAAUAAAAAAGCUACUACAAAUAUUUAACAUUUUUAUAGUGUGUUUUAAAGUGAGCAAUACGUCUAAUUAUUAUGCGCGGGAGGUAAUUAUUUUAAUGAAUUACUGAAAAGUACUGUUUAAGUCUUUGCUGCGUAAAAAUAUCGUCAAUCCGACGUUAGACCGGUUUUAAACGCUCGCUAAAUGAAAUACUAUUAAAAUUAUGUAAAGUUUGAGGCUUAAAUUAUAGAAUUAUUUAUCGGAAUGCGAUCAAGUCGCAAUGACAAUAUUCAGAAGUUAAUAAUUUAUUGAUAAAAUUGUGUUACGAUACAUAUUCAGUACUUUUUCGAGAUAUUUUAAUGGAUGUAAAUUAUUUUACUUUAUUCGGUGUUAAAUAAUUAUGUAUAUGAAGUUUAUUUAUUUAAAAUGUGAGUAAUUUUAUACCAUAAUGGGCUUUUGCUACAAAGGACGCGAUUCAAGAAAAUGGAAAUAAUCAGAUCAUAUAGGUCAACAUCUUAAUAUUAUAAUUAAUAGUAUGAUUCGUGGUUAUGAAUUUAUUUUGCUACAACACUUCGCUCCUGAGUCUAGUUCAGUGUAGCAAAAGCUUUGCGAUCUUUAUACAAAUAAGAUACACCAACUUAUACACGGUAAUUACAAAAAAAUACAAAAAGUUGCUAACAUAACAAAUACAAAAUUAUAUUGUACUGUAACCAAUUGUGCCCUGUGAAAUAAAACUGAAAUAAUCAUGGAUUGAUUCUGCGGAAGUUUGAUAUGCCUGAUCUGGUGAAAGGUGAUGAUCUGUGAGAUGGUGAAUGAAGUGUGAAAGAACAGGCCAGAGGAUCUACCACCACGUAUUAAAGUAAUAUUGUUAUGGUUGCGAAAGAGUGACAGCGCUACACACAAUUUAGAGCGGCAUCUCAUUCACACCCGCAGUAUAUUACCUUAAGACUCGGCGGUAGACCCCUAGGUCAAGAACGGACAAACACUCACACGUACAUACAUAGAACAGCCUUCACAGAACACAGCGUUCUGUUAUCGUGUCUUAUUUUUCUAAAUAGUAAUGUUAACACCAAUAAUAGGGCGUUGUAGUAUAAUUUCCUUAAAUGCUAGAGUAGCUCGAGUUUAAUAUAAGAUUUUAUCAACCAGCGCGAUAAUGAUCUUGGUUGGUUUUUCAGUUGCUGUGAGCGCACGGACACCGCAUAGGGAUACCGCUUAUCGAAGCUACCGUUACGCUUACAAUACAUUUUUAAUGUUUUUCUAUUAGAUUUGUACAAGUCAGUAAGUGUUCGAGCUCUCACAGUAGCGUAUUUUAAUAAGUCCAUAGUUUGUACUUCUACAGGUGAAAAAUAGAAUAGCAUGGUCUAUAGUUAUAAAAUAUUUUCAUAUUAAUGUUCACAGUUGUAUCGAUUCAUAGUCGCGUUAUGUAUUGUGAUGACUUAUUGAACAAAUAGUUUAGCUUCCUAGAAUUAGAUAUCAAUCUUAAUUAUACAAUACUUAAAAACAAACUGGAUGAACAUUGAGUGAAACUUUAAACCCCAAUGUCUUGAUAGUGAAAUUAUAAGAAACUGCGUACCUUACUCGAAAUACUUAAUUGUGAUGUGAUCAAUACAACACCAAUAAUUAGCAAUAACGAUGAUUAGAAUAUUAAAUGUUUUAAGCAAUAUAUCUCGCAUGGUUUUAAAUAACAAUACAUGGGUAUAUUCACGAAAAUCAGGUUGUUUAUAAAGUUUUACUCAGAUGUAACAGAAUAAUAUACAAACUUUCAACAUGUGCCUAUUUAAUAAUGCUAACUAACUCGUUUAACAAAUUAGCCUAGUACACAUUCUUCUCAUGAAGUAAUAGUCUAGGGGGCCUACUAUUAAUUCUUAGAGCCAUUGGUGUUGUGAAAGAGACGGCACUCUACUCCGUGUAGGGUGUCGUUUCACUUCCACGACUGUCAAAGUAUUCAUUUUAGAUAUGGUAAUAGGCCCCCUUGUUCAUAGUUCAUUCAUCAUCAGCCUAUCGCAGUCCACUGCUGGACAUAGGCCUCUCCAUAGUUCAUUAGAUAUAUUAAAAGCGUCUGGAAAAGCGAUAUUGAUCAGAUGUUCAUAAACCAUUACAAAUAUAUAAUGAUGAGCCAGCAUGUCGAGGCCCUUGCACCACGACGCCAAGUUGUUUGUGCAACCCACGUAAGACUGUUUGUGUUGCAUGUGUAAUAGAGUUUGUAUAACUAGUUAUUGUGCCCGACGGUACUUAUAUAGAUCAUGUUGUGUUUACGCCACUUGUCCAGUAUUAUAUUAUAGCAUUAUCACUAUGUUUCUUAGUAUUGACAGCACGGUGCAAGAUGGCCUAAAUGUUUAUAUCUCGUUGCUUUAUUGUCAAAAAGCUAUUAUUAUACUAAGCGUAAAAUACAUGAUAUAUUUUUUCAAUUGUAUAAAUGAUAUUUACCUACUUAGUCACGUGUAGGGUACAUUUAAUUUGUAUAUACCUAUGAGGUUUUAUUUUGUUAUCUGUGCUCGUACUUGCUUGUGUCAUGUUUGCGCGGGAGGCGUGCGGCCUUGACCCGGUGUGGCGAGCCUCGCAGCUGCGCCGGCGCCUCUUGAUUUCCAUUUUUAAACUUAUAGCGGUUGUCUCGUCAUUGUACGAAAGUUGUGAUCUGCAUCCCAUAGAACGGUAAAAUUAUUAUGUAGUUAUCCUUUUGUAGGUUGUCUACGUCGUUAGAGGUCGACUCUACUCUCCUAUGUCAUAACAUAUCGUUCACAAUUACUACGACUAGCUGAAUUUCGAGACUUACGCAAUAUAUUUUAAAAUUUAAAUUGUGUUAUUUACAACCUGUAUUGUAUAUAAAUCUUAACAUUCAUAUGUCCGUGCACUUGGCAAGAGAGUCAUAUUUAUAUUGUGGUGGAAUGUAAUUAGUAAUUUAAAUUUACUCUGCUUACGGUAUCAUGUGGUACUGCAGCUGUGAUUUUUAAUAAAAUAAGAAUUGUAUUAUAAUUUUAUCAGGUUUUAGCAAUAUAUAGUAUUUUAAAAUGUAACGGUAAGUUUUAACGUGUAACAUGUAUAUUAAUUGAUGUUUUGUUAUUGCCAAGAGCACGAAGACACGAUACCGUUACCGAGAGGUUUGAACGCACAAGUCGACGUAUUGGCAUAGAGUAUUUUAAAAUUAUUGUAAAGUUUUAUUUCGAACGUGCUUCGAUACACCUUGAGCAAUACAUGACUGUAGAAGAGUAGAUGGACCAGAUAAGUAAUAUUGCCACUGCCUCUAGAUAACAAAAGUGUACUUGCACUAUUUUUCUGUAAUUAUAAACGAAUAAAAAAAAUGCUAAUACAUUACGAAAUAAGUUACAAUAUUUUGCUAAAAGACAUAAAUCAUAAUAUAAUUAGUAAUUUAAUUGCUAAUCACAAACAUCCUAAAAUAUGUAGAACUAAAAUAGUAAACCAUUUUGAAAUAUCCUAGUGUCCUAAAUGUCAUUUUGUCUAUAAUUAUAAUAAGUUUUCGAGGGAAUUUAUUUUCAUUAAAGAUAACAUGUGGGAUGAUUCGUUUUUUCUUUUAACUCCUCAUCGACAUAAUAUCCUUUAUACCUACUUCAUGUUUGUGUUGGUUUUUGAAUCUUACAGGUUUAGAGGUGAUAAUAUGUUAGUUAAAUUUUGUUGAAGACGAGUCGUAACUUUAACGUUGCGUAUUAAAAGAUUAGCGUAUAUGAGUAUGUGUAUAAUGGAGGCUUGGACAGUGCGCGGGUGGCGCGCGAGUGCGGCGUUCCUAUUCCACCUGUGCUAUACGUCCACCGUCCACCGGCCGCCGUACACUUGAGUCCAACGCGCGAAGGGAAAGUAUUGUGUUGCGGAACCGCGUCACGCCCCGCCUGCUAUACUUCUCGGAUUUUAGCAUGAGCUGUUCGGCCCCAAGGUGAUCCACUGCGCGCCGCUGUCGAAACCACGCUGUUUCAUUCAUUACGCUUUGAUACCCUAUCAGUCUACCAUUCCGCGACAGUACAUCCAGGUGACCAACUCAUACCAUUAGCAUCGCUAAUCUAUACAAUGCGGCUAGCUUUCCGUUCGUUAUGUGUUUUGAUGACUGUGGCGCUAUCUGUGUGUCGUCCGUACGACCCGGAGGAUGCUGGUUUGAAGGAUGUGCUGCCCUCUAGCGGGCAGUUUGAGGCGUUUUACCCGCGCGAGGCGCACGGCAUUCCGAACGGUUCGUCGCGGCCUGCGCAUGGGCACGGUAGUUUCUACAAACACCGCAACCCGGCGCUAGUUGACGUCAAAAACGCAGCGGCAUACGGCUUUCGGUUUGACGGCAUGAGGCGGUUCAACUUCGACGAUGAGUAAACUUUAAGUAAAGUUAUUUUAAGUACAACUUUAAUUAUUUUUUGAUAUUUCUUCUACCGGUUCCAUAAUGUUGAAUAUUAAGUUUGUCCACAGUCCGAAUAUUUUUUGUUUUAAUAAAACCUUUUGCCGCA